AUGCUCUUCUCCAAGCUUCAAGUCCUGGCCUUGGGGCUCACCCUAGCCUCCGAGGUCACGGCUCGCGCCGUCGAUGUGGACACAGAGUCGAUGUACAGCCGCCAGCAAGACCUCGUCACGUGGGAUGAUCACAGUCUCUUCGUUCGUGGCGAGCGAGUGAUGGUCUUCAGCGGCGAAUUCCACCCUUUUCGUCUGCCCGUGCCUGGCCUUUGGCUUGAUGUGCUUCAGAAAAUCAAGGCUUCAGGCUACAACUGCAUCUCCAUCUACAUUGACUGGUUCCUCCUCGAAGGUGAGCCUGGCGAGUUCCGAGCCGAGGGCAUCUUCGAUCUCCAGCCCUUCUUCGACGCAGCGAAACAGGCAGGGCUCUACGUCCUCGCACGCCCGGGUCCUUACAUCAACGCUGAGGUCUCGGGAGGUGGCUUUCCGGGAUGGCUGAGUCGUGUUCCCGGUGCACUGCGCACCAACACGGACGAGUUUAUCGGGGCUACGGACAAUUAUAUCAAGGAGAUUAGCAAGGUCAUCGCCAAGAACCAGAUCUCCAACGAGGGGCCCGUGAUCCUGCUGCAGAUUGAGAAUGAGUACCAGCACGCGCUAGAUGGAUACGACAUGCCCUCUUACGAUUACUGGAACAGCGUGAAAGGGCAAUUCCGCGACACGGACAUUGCUGUGCCCAUCAUUAACAACGAGGCCCACCAGUAUGGAUACAUCACAGCGCACACGCCAGCCAGCGUCGACAUCUACGGGCACGACGGGUACCCCCUGGGAUUCGACUGCGAGAACCCACAGAGCUGGCCGGAGGAUGGGUUGCCGACGGAUUGGUUGGCAAUCAACAAUGAAAUUGCGCCUGACACUCCAUAUACAAUUCCAGAGUUCCAAGGAGGUGGCUUCCAGCACUGGGGCCAAGCCGGCUUUGCGAACUGUGCCCUACUACUCAACAUGGAGUUUGAGCGCGUCUUGUACAAGAACAACUACGCUGUUGGCGCGACAAUCUUCAACAUCUACAUGAUUUACGGCGGCACCAACUGGGGUAACCUGGGCGGCCACAUGGGUUUCACAUCCUACGACUACGGCGCGCAGAUCACAGAGGAACGUCAGUUGUGGCGCGAGAAGUACAGCGAGGUGAAGCUACAAGCCAACUUCUUUCACGUGUCACCCGCCUUCCUUGAGGCAGACCGGUUCAAUUCGUCACUGCAGUUCACGGACAACGACGCUAUCACGGUGACCCCUGCCACGACCAACUCGACCAACUUUUACAUUGCGAGGCACACGGACUACAGGAACACCGAGUCGGUACCCUAUCGUCUCACAGUCAAGACGGUCGACCAUGGCGAAAUUGAUAUCCCCCAGCUGGGUGACAGUCUUGUCAUGAACCGGCGCGAUUCCAAGAUUCACGUCUCCGACUAUCCUGUGGGUGACAAACAUGUCAUUUAUUCCUCUGCCGAGGUUUUUACCUGGAAGAAGUACGAUGACAAGACAAUACUCGUUGUAUAUGGUGGCCCCGAUGAGCACCACGAGCUCGCCGUUGCAAACGACGACAGUGACUUCAGCAUCCUCGCAGGAAGCGAGGGCGAGAACAUCUCUGUACAGAGCACCAAGGAUGACUACACUAUCAUUUCCUGGGAUAUCUCGGACGAUCCCGAGGACCGUAAGGUCGUGCGUGUCCAUUCGGACUUUUACAUCUACAUGCUUAACCGCAACGAAGCCUAUAACUUCUGGGUACCUCCCACUGGCGCUGGCUCUGACUAUGGCACUUCGGACGUCAUCCUCAAAGCCGGCUACCUGAUGCGCACCGCCCAAGUCGACGGCACGACCUUGCACCUCGUGGGUGACGUGAACGCAACCACCCCCAUAGAGAUCAUCGGUGGUGCCCCAGCCGAAUUGGAAGCUCUCACCUUCAACGGACGAAGCCUCCAGUUCACCCAGAGCAACUUCGGUGUUGUCAAGGCCACCGUUGAUUUUGAGGCACCCGAUAUCAAGCUCCCCUGCCUCAGCCACUUGCAGUGGAAGAAGAUUGAUUCUCUGCCAGAGCUCUCCGGUGACUACGAUGACAGUGCGUGGGUCGAUGCCAACCUCGAGGAGUCGCCCAAUGACCGAUACCCCAUCAAGACACAUGUCUCCCUGCGGGCCGGUGACUACGGGUUCCACACCGGGUCUGUUUUGUUCAGGGGCCACUUUACCGCGAACGGCAAGGAGUCUUCCUUUGAGAUUGAGCCUCAGGGCGGCUCCGCCUCCGGAUCCUCGCUGUGGCUGGACGAUACGUUCCUCGGAUCGUAUCUGGGAGAAGCUGGAGUGGUCAACGGAACUAUCACAGCGGAUAUCCCUGCGCUCGAGGACGGGUCCGAGCACGUCUUCACGUUGGUCAUGGACCACAUGGGCUUGCACGACAACUAUGUCGUUGGCGAGGAUAUGCUUAAGGAUCCCCGUGGUAUCCAGACGUACGACUUCCCCGGUCACAAGAGUAGCGACAUUGCAUGGAAGAUCACCGGCAACCUCGGCGGGGAGCAGUACGCCGACAAAGUUCGAGGACCUCUCAACGAAGGCGGCCUGUUCGUAGAGCGUCAGGGCUUCCACCAGCCAUCUGCGCCCACGGGCGCGUGGGACGAGGGCAAGCCGACGGACGGCAUGAGUGAGCCUGGCAUCACGUACUACACGGCGACCUUUGAUCUUGACAUUUCAGAGGGAUACGACGUGCCCCUGGCCUUCAAGUUUGACGAUGAUGUGUCGGAUGGCGUCUAUCGCGCCCAGCUCUACGUCAACGGAUACCAAUACGGCAAGUUUGUUCCUCUGAUGGGGCCCCAGUACCGUUUCCCCAUCCAUGAGGGCAUCUUGAACCACCAUGGGGAGAACACGAUUGGCAUCACCAUCUGGGCGCAGGAGCGUGGGGGCGCGAAACCCAAGGGACUCGGCUGGGAUGUGUCCAUGGUUACGGAGACGGGGUUUGGUCAAAUCGAGCUCAGCCCUGCGCCGAGGUGGGAGGAACGCGAAGGGGCAUAUUAA